AUGCGUUGCAGAAAACAGCUGACCGUUGCCGAAAAACGUAAUCAGGAACAUAUCAGUUUUGUCCAAGGAUGUAAAGGAGCAGCUUACGGUGUCGGUAUUGGUCUUUUGGCUAGCGUUGUAUCAUUUCGCUUUUCGCCCGCCUUUAGAGCAUUGAGCAGACCUUAUCAAUACAGCAUGUUAGCCACAGGUGGCUUCACUGGCUAUAUGUUUGGUUCUGAGCGUGGUGCUUACAACUAUGGCAAUGAAGUCUUGGGCUAUGUCGAUCACAAAACUAUGGACAAACGAGUUUAUCAAAAUUACAAAUCAUUGAUAAUGUCUUCUGGUGAAGUACGAUCUAAGAAGGAGAAACUAAUCUAUUUCAUCAAUGAACAUCGCUGGGCUAUCUUAGGUACUACUUGGGCCUCUUCCAUGAUCAGUGCUUGUGCUUACAGCUUUUGCGGCAAAAAACAUCUCACGGCCAAGCAGAAAUUCUACCAUGCUCGUAUUUAUGCUCAAGCUCUUACUUUAACAGCGCUUAUAGUCACAGCAGGUAUCUCUUUCUAUGGUGAAGAAAAAGAAAAGGAAUUGAUACAGCAAUAUGUUCCUGAUGAAAGGAAAUUACGCGCUGUUCUUGAGUUGCCCAAAGGCGACCAACAUAAGAAAUUAAUGAUUCAAUAA